UGUCCCUCGGACACAGCGGAUCACCGAUCCACGGAAAAGAGCUGAAGAUGUCAGCUCGGUCAUGUGAUCAGCUGUGUCCAAUCACAGCUGAUUACAUGUAAACAGGGAAAUGCCAGUUAUUGGCAUUUCUCUCCUCACGAGCUGUCACGCUGACAACUUAGGGGACAUCAGCGCCACCUGUCAGUGUCCAUCAGUGCCAGCUCUCAGUGCUCAUCCAUGCCACCUGCCAGUGCCCAUCAGUGCCACUUUUCAGUGCCCAUCAGUGCCACAUAGUGCCCAUCUGAGCUGCCUUUCAGUGUCACCCCAUCAGUGCCAGUCAGUGUCACCUAUCAAUGCCAGUCAGUGCCACUUAUCAGUGCUGCCUAUCAGUGCCACCUAACAGUGCCAUUCAGUG